CAAAACAAAGUCCAGAAGUUGCGCACGUUAUCGACCGUGCAAUUGUGCUACUAAUUGCGGUGAAAAUACAUCACCCUACCGAACGGUCGCAACAGCAACAGCCGGAAAAUGGUUCUUCCGUACAAUCUGCGUGCGCUUGGCAAACGGCUACUGCUGAACAAAUGCAUCGCUUCACAGUGGCGAACGUUUGCGAGCGAAACGGCGGGCGGCCGGGCAAGCGACCCGGCCGGCACGACGGUGAACGUGCCGUCGAAAGACAUCGUCACGCCACUCCCGCCCCUAUCGCAGCCCAUUCCCGACCUGCCACCGGUACAGUACGCCCGGCCGGGUGAUCAGAAGAACGUAACGCAAGUCACACGGCUCAGCAAUGGGCUGCGCGUGGCGUCGGAGAACCGCUUCGGACAGUUUUGCACCGUCGGUGUGGUGAUUGACUCGGGGCCGCGGUACGAGCUCGCCUUCCCGAGCGGCAUUUCCCACUUCCUGGAGAAGCUCGCCUUUCAGUCAACCUCCGAGUACGGGGAGCGUGAUGUAAUCUUCCGGGAGCUUGAACGGCACGGCGGCAUUUGCGACUGCCAGAGCACGCGCGAUACGUUCGUGUACGCGGCCAGCGCGGACAGCCGGGGGCUGGAGUCGGUGACGCGCAUCCUGUCCGAGGUGGUGCUGCGGCCGCAGCUCUCGAUGGAUGAGGUGGAGCUGGCCCGGCAGGCGGUACAGUUCGAUCUGGAGACGCUCGGAAUGCGCCCGGAACAGGAACCGAUCGUGAUGGAUAUGGUGCACGCGGCCGCUUACCGCGAUAAUACGCUCGGCUUUCCCAAGCUGUGCCCUUCCGACAACGUGCCCAAGAUUGAUCGUGAUACGCUGCUGUCGUACUUGCGACUCCAUCACACCCCGGAGCGGAUGGUGCUGGCCGGCGUCGGUGUGCCGCACGAUGAGCUUGUCCGGCUGGCUGAGCGUUACUUCGUGCAGGGGUCGGCCACGUGGGAAAAUGAAAAGAGCCGUUCGUCCAACCCGAAGAGCGUGGACACAUCCAUCGCGCAGUAUACCGGCGGAUCGAAGCUGGAAGAAUGUGCCAUCCCGGUGUACGCGGCGGUAGGACUGCCCGAGUUGGCACACGUCGUGAUUGGGCUGAAGGGUUGCUCGCAUCAGGACAAAGAUUUCAUUGCCGCCUGCGUGCUGAACAUGAUGAUGGGAGGCGGCGGUUCGUUCUCGGCCGGUGGUCCCGGCAAGGGCAUGUACACGCGGCUCUACACGAACGUGCUGAACCGGUACCACUGGAUGUACAGUGCGACCGCGUACAACCACGCUUACGGUGACACGGGACUGUUCUGCAUCCACGCGACCGCACCGCCGACGCACGUGCGCAGCCUGGUGGAGGUCAUUACCCGCGAACUGUUCACGAUGCAGUCCCGGCCUGGCGAUCAGGAGCUGCGGCGUGCGAAAACGCAACUGCAGUCGAUGCUGCUGAUGAACCUGGAGGCGCGACCGGUCGUGUUUGAGGAUAUUGGCCGGCAGGUACUAGCGACCGGAGAGCGUCGUCGACCGGAACAUUUCAUACAGGAAAUUGAGAAAAUCACCGCAGAAGACGUACAGAACGUUGCGCGCAAGAUGCUUUCCUCUGCACCGGCACUGGCCGCCCGCGGUGAGAUUAAGGGCAUUCCGGAGGUGAAGGACAUCCAUUCGGCACUGGCAAACGAGGGACGGUUUCCGGGCAAUCGGCGGUUGACGCUGUUUCGAUAGAUAGCCUUCUCCAAGCGACAUCUCUCCAUCAUCGUUUAGGCAAAUCUUAGACUCACCACCAAACUGCAACUUUCUGUAUUUUCCAGCCUUUAUGAUUUUAGCUAGAGUUUGCGAUGCGUUUUUUCGGUUGAAACAACAGAUUCAGAAUCAAGAUUUGAAAAUAUACCGUAUCCUUACAGACAGCGACACUGAGGAAGUGUGCGUUUGUAUGGGUCAUGUCGUGAUAAUCUAA